AUGGGGUUCACCUUCUCCUUUGCCUCCAGUGCCACCUUAGAUCUGACUGGGGAGGCGACCGAGCUUCCACCGGGCUACUUCCUCUCUACCUACCUUGUCUCUAUGUUUGUGGCUCUUGCUCCGUUGGGUGCUAUUAUUGGUGGUCCUGUCGGUGGCUGGAUAGCUCAACACUGGGGCAGAAAGUGCUCCCUGAUGUUUUCUGGUGUCCCGUACCUGAUCGGAAACCUCCUCAUCAGCUAUGCUCACUAUACAUCAAGUGCCGCUCUAUUCAAGGCCUUGUUGUUUGUGGGAAGAUUCUUCAGUGGUAUAGGCCUUGGAUGGGCGUCAGCUAUAGUUCCGGUGUACCUUGGUGAAGUAUCAUCCAUUCAACUGAGAGGUGUUGUUGGAGCAGUAAGUCAGGCACUCUUCACUUUAGGCAUUGCAUUCGGCCUUGCAGUAGGAGCCAUAGACAACUUCCGCUACUACAACAUUUCACUGGUGGCAGUUGGGACCGUGGCACUGUUUGAGGUGCUGAUGUUCUGGUUACCAGAGACCCCAAGAUGGCUGGUGUCUAGAAGAUAUGUAGAACAGGCAGAACAUGUCUUAAUUUGGCUCAGGGGGAAGAAAAUUGGCAUUCAGAAAGAACUUGAUGAAAUAAAAAAGACCUUCCCUGUAAAAAAGAAAAAGAGAAGCAUUUUGAAAAACUUCUCAAAGCGAAGUGUUUUGAUUCCAUUCAUCUUAGUAAUCGUAACUUUCUUCUUCCAGCAAGCUAGUGGAAUCAGUGCCACGGCUACCUUUGCAGCCACUAUUCUCUCUGAAGCAGGAUUUGAAGACCCUCGAACUAUAGCUGUGUAUGGUAUCGGCAUUGCAAGUUUAUUUGGGAAUGUUGCAGCAUUUUUUCUCGUUGAUUUUCUUGGUCGCGUGACUCUCCUCGUUUUGAGUUCUACUGGAAUGUUCCUGGGCUGCUCUAUGCUUGGAAUUCACUUCUUCGUCACUCGGGACUCACUCUGCAGUGAAGGUUUUAGUAACUCAACUGCGAUUCCGACUGACACUGUUGUAGAGUCGUGCAAUGCCCACUUUGGACCUCUGGCUAUUGUCAGCGUCGUUCUCUACCGGUUUUCAUUUGCAAUUGGUAUAGGGCCCAUCCCGUGGAUCCUAUUAUCAGAGUUGCUGCCCCUGACUGUGCGUGGACUUGCUAGCGGGCUGGUCAUGAUUGUGACUUGGGCCACAUCAGCUGUAGCCAUUGGACUAUUUCUGGAGUACGUUCAGCUGGUCCGAUUCUGGUUUGCCAUCUGGACAUUUGGACUGUUUAACCUGGCGGCUGCCGUGUUUGUCAUUAUCUUUCUCCCGGAGACGAAAGGGAAGAGUCUGGAGCAACUGGAGAAGAAGUUUGCAAAACUGCCAGAUAUCGUGGAAACUGUUCUAUAG